AUGAGCACGAGAGCAAGCAAUAAAGCAAAAAGUUAAACAUGAGUUGAGUUACAGAGGCGCACAUACUUUUUUCAUAUUUUGGAGAUGAGUGCAUGGAGUUAUUAUUUUUACCCUGUCUCUCCCAUUGCAUUGCUAAUGCGAUAGGCUCUCGAGGAGGCUUUUUUGUUUCUGUACAAGGACACAACUACAUUUGUUGGCAUGAGACACAGGAUGGCUUGAAGCGAAAGAAGCGAUUUACUGAAGAAUGCAUUGAAGUGGACUGACUCAAAUGCAGAAGAUUGCUACUACUCGGUAUUUAUUCAACCAAAAAGAUGAAAACGGCAAACCAAUGGAUCGUUCGGGACAAGCCCCCAACAUAGAUCUGCCACUUUGGAAUAACAUGAAGAGCGUUCUUAUGUAUCCGUCCACAUCUCAUGGCUGACACGGGUACAGGCUCGAGACCUUUCUGGAGACCUUGAGAAGCCAUUGAAACCCGGGAUUAAGCGCGGACUCAGACUUGAAUCGAGGAUGCUUAUCGCGGUGCAACGCUGGAUUGAUCAUAUUGCUUUAAUCCAUUUGUAGCCUCCCCGACACCCCUACCCCCCACCCCAUGUCAGAUCUUCUCUAAAUUAUGGAAAUUUUUUGGAAGACGCUGACUUGGAUAUUUAGCCUGGUCUUGGCCGCUGCUGAACCUCAGAGCCUUUCAUACAACACUCAAGCGGAAUUCCUGUCCACGCUGGAGCACUACCAGCUAAUGGUACCUGUGCGGGUAAACCAGAGGGGCCAGUUUAUGAGUUACACUGUGAAACAUUACAUGCCCGGUCGGAGGCGACGGGGAUUGGACCAGGCUGAGCCAGACCACAACGAGAACAGGCUUUUUUACAAACUCUCAGCCUAUGGCAAGCACUUUCACCUGACUCUGACACUCAACCCCGACCUGGUUUCCAAACAUUUCACUGUAGAGUACUGGGGCAAGGACGGAGUGGACCGGCAGCAUUCAGCGGUUGAUAACUGCCACUAUGUUGGAUACCUACUGGAUCAGUAUAGCACUACACAAGUGGCACUGAGCAACUGCAGGGGCUUGCAUGGUGUCAUAACCACAGAGGAAGAGCAAUAUUUAAUAGAGCCAUUAAAAAACAUAUCCGGAAAUCUCAGCGAUGUCAACCACGAGGAAGGACAACCGCACGUUAUUUAUAAAAAGUCUUCCAUCCGUUCUCCGCAAGAGCGCGGCGAGGCGUUCGGCUGCGGCGUCUCAGACCUCACAAAAAACAGGACGCCCUGCUACCAAACAGGUCCCGGUGCAAACCUACAUCGCCCGGUCUCAGACGGUGACCCGACGGGAUCCCGUCGCCAGCGCCGUUCUGUCAGCUCCGAACGUUUCGUGGAGACCCUAGUAGUGGCUGACAAAAUGAUGGUUGGCUACCACGGACGCAAAGACAUCGAGCACUACAUCCUGUCCGUGAUGAAUAUUGUUGCCAAACUUUACCGUGAUGCCAGCCUAGGAAACGUUGUGAACAUUAUUGUAACCAGACUGAUAGUCCUGACUGAAGAUCAGCCCAACUUGGAGAUAAACCAUCAUGCAGACAAAUCCCUCGACAGCUUCUGUAAAUGGCAGAAAUCCAUUCUUUCUCAUCAGGGGGAUGGAAACAGUAUCCCGGAGAAUGGGAUUGCCCAUCAUGACAACGCCGUUCUCAUCACAAGAUAUGACAUCUGCACCUAUAAGAAUAAACCCUGCGGUACACUUGGUUUGGCGUCCGUAGCGGGGAUGUGUGAGCCAGAGAGAAGCUGCAGUAUAAAUGAAGAUAUAGGCCUCGGUUCUGCCUUCACUAUUGCUCAUGAGAUCGGACACAAUUUUGGGAUGAACCACGAUGGGAUUGGAAACUCCUGCGGAACUAAAGGUCACGAAACAGCCAAGCUGAUGGCGGCCCACAUCACAGCCAACACCAACCCCUUCUCCUGGUCGGCCUGCAGCAAAGACUACAUCACCAGCUUUCUGGACUCAGGUCGGGGAACGUGUCUGGACAAUGAACCUCUGAAACGAGACUUCCUGUACCCUACGGUGGCUCCAGGGCAGGUGUACGAUGCAGAUGAACAGUGUCGUUUUCAGUAUGGUGCCUCCUCCCGUCAGUGCAAGUAUGGGGAAGUGUGUAGAGAGCUCUGGUGCCUUAGCAAAAGUAAUCGCUGUGUCACCAACAGUAUCCCAGCGGCAGAAGGAACCUUGUGUCAGACCAGCAGCAUUGAAAAAGGGUGGUGCUAUCAGGGCGAGUGUGUGGCGUUUGGGACGUGGCCGCAGAGCGUAGAUGGAAGCUGGGGUCCGUGGACCACCUGGGGCGAGUGCAGCCGUACCUGCGGCGGUGGCGUCUCCUCAUCCAUGCGACAUUGUGACAGCCCACCGCCCACGGGUGGAGGGAAGUACUGUCUCGGAGAGAGGAAGCGCUACAGAUCGUGUAACACCGACCCUUGUCCAGCCGGAUCACGUGACUUUAGAGAGAAGCAGUGUGCCGAUUUCGACAACAUGCCUUUCCGUGGGAAGUACUACAACUGGAAGCCAUACACUGGAGGUGGAGUGAAGCCGUGCGCGCUAAACUGUCUGGCCGAAGGCUACAACUUCUACACCGAACGUUCUCCCGCUGUCAUCGAUGGCACGCGAUGCCAGGCCGACUCUCUGGACAUAUGCAUCAAUGGAGAGUGCAAGCAUGUUGGCUGUGAUAACAUACUGGGCUCGGAUGCCAAGGAGGACAGAUGCCGUGUGUGCGGUGGGGACGGGAGCACGUGUGAGGUCUCCGAGGGCCUGUUCAAUGACUCGCUGCCCAGAGGAGGUUACAUGGAGGUCGUCCACAUACCAAAAGGAUCCGUUCACAUUGAAAUCAUGGAGGUGGCCGUGUCAAAGAACUACAUUGCUUUAAAAUCAGAAGGGGAUGACUAUUACAUCAACGGGGCCUGGACCAUCGACUGGCCCCGCAAAUUUGACAUCGCAGGAACUGCCUUUCAUUACAAGAGGCCGACCGAUGAACCCGAGUCACUCGAAGCUUUAGGAGCCACCACAGAAAAUUUAGUUGUUAUGGUGCUACUACAGGAACAGAACCUGGGCAUCCGCUACAAGUUCAACGUGCCGAUCCAGCGGACGGGAAGCGGUGACAAUGAGGUGGGCUUCUCCUGGCAUCACUUGCCCUGGUCUGAGUGCUCAGCCACUUGUGCGGGAGGGACUCAGAAGCAGGAGGUGGUUUGUAAAAGGCUGGACGACAGCUCGGUGGUCCAAAACAGCUAUUGUGACCCGGACAGCAAACCUCCAGAGAAUCAACGACCCUGUAAUAUUGAGCCAUGCCCUCCUGAGUGGUUUAUAGGUGACUGGUCUGAAUGUGCGAGAACCUGCGAUGGAGGCGUCCGUACACGUACCGUCUUGUGUAUACGUAAAAUCGGACCCACCGAGGAAGAGACUUUAGAAGACAGUCACUGUCUGACCCAUCGACCAAUCGAACAAGAGUCCUGCAACAAUCAGUCCUGCCCACCCCAGUGGGUGACUCUGGAUUGGUCAGAGUGUACCCCAAAAUGUGGUCCUGGCUUCAAGCAUCGCAUUGUUCUGUGUAAAAGUAGCGACCUGACCAAAACCUUCCCACCCGCCCUCUGUUCUGACCACAACAAACCUCCGGUCCGUAUACGCUGUAGCCUCGGACGCUGUCCGCCACCACGCUGGAUUCCUGGAGAAUGGGGACAGUGCUCUGCUCAGUGUGGAUUGGGCCAACAGAUGCGGACCGUUCAGUGCGUGUCAUACACGGGGCAACUUUCCAAUGAGUGUCCCGAAUCUCUGCGACCCAACACAAUGCAACAGUGUGAAAGCAAGUGCGACGCCACGCCCAUCUCCAACGGUGACGAGUGCAAAGACGUAAACAAGGUGGCAUACUGCCCAUUGGUGCUGAAGUUCAAGUUCUGCAGCCGUGCGUACUUCAGGCAGAUGUGCUGCAAGACGUGCCAAGGACAUUGACCCUACGAGAAACAAAGACAGAUGCUGGAAAAGAAAGGAGAGGGAGAGAAAACGGGCAGAGAGAAAAGCAGACCAGCGUCGGGCACGGAGACGGCCUCUCUCUCUCUCACAGACACUCAAACAAACACACGACUGCUUUGAUAGCCCUGUGGAACUCUAACCACUGCUCAGCGCUGCGCUGACAACCCUUGUUUUAUUUUCACUUCUGUGAAGUGGGAAUGUAUAAAAUGAUCAUUAUUGUUGUUAUUUUUAUAAUAAUAAUAAUAAUAAUUGCUAUUGGUUAUUAUUAUUAGCAAUGUUUUUCUGUUGUUGUAAUCCUAAGUGCUGGACACGUCAAUCGCAGAGGCGGCACGGCAGAUAUACAUCAAGGUGUGCACGAACAGGUCGAUUCUGAGAUUUACCCGUGGGUCUCACGUACCCAUUGGGGCUAUUAUAAGCAAAUAUGUAUCAAUUCUUUACAUUUUAACAGUAUAGAUUGUGGAGAUGGGGUGAUGCAUGAUCUGUCUGAAAGUGGACGGAGAUGCCUGACCAACUCGAUAGGCAUGCAGUAUUGAAAUCAACGACUUGGAACUUUAAUGUUAUUACAAAUUAUGACACAUUUGUUGGACAGAAAGUUUCAGGAAAAGUGACUAACAGUGCAUUGAAGGUAUAGUUCAUACGUUCACAUGGAAUUAAACCCAUGACCUUAGCGCUGCUAGCAACAAGCUAAACUUGUUGAUCUAGACAGCCCUAGUUGCCAGAGUUUUGACAAAAUCUUUCCAAAAUAAGAUGGGCCGAAGAAAACAAGGUUGAAUACUUAUGGUGCUUAUCCUGAAUUAGUGCUGGAGAAAUCGCAAUUGUUUUAAAACAAAUCACAUGACCACGGGCCAAAGAAUUCCACCAUUGUCUAAAACUUGAACGAUCAGGUCAUUUUAGCUCAAAUGGGACGUUUCUACCAUUGUGUCUCUAGAAUUAUAAUGCACACUUGAGACAGACAUUAAUUGCGAUUCUGCCUCUAUGGAUCUAUUCUCCACCUUAAAUUCUGCGCCUUUGACAUCCGAACGUCUUUUUUGCGGUCUGCCGUUAUCGUCUUCACAUAAAAUCCGUGCCGCGACCGCGGUCCAACGCAUUAAAUGCAGUAAACACAGACAGUUUAUCAGCACGUGGAUGACUUGCUCGAAGAUCUCCAGGUCUGAUGCCGAUGCAUUAGCCGAGUCAUUGUUGGAUGUAAUAGUGAAGUGAAGGGCCAGACCCCACGGAUCCACUGUGCCGUCGACUACCUCCAGAACACCCCCUCCUCAACCUCCCAUGAGAUCUAACCCACAGUCUUGAUCAGAGAUGUCCACGAACCCUUUACUCUCACUGGUGCUUUUUAUCUAGCAGUGGACGAUUGUUUUUUCUUUUGCUCACAUUCGAAUGGCCAGCUCAUCUGGCCUAUGGUGCUACAAGAUGCGUUCUGCGUAAGUCGGUUGAGCAACUGAUGGCAAAUCGAGGACGGUUCCAAAACCUAGCGAGCUGCCUAAGCAGGCAGCAUCACGAGGCAAGCAAAGGUAAAAAGAACGUCAUGUAGUUGUGCUGUCUUCUAAGACAGCAUGGCCACAUUUUGAGACAAAAUUUCAAGUACUGUUUGAAGUGUGCGGUUAAAGAAAUCCCAGGAUUCAUUUGGAUCAGAAAGGAACAGAAUCAAAGUAAACAACAGCCCCCAAAAAAUGUCAGAAUGUAUCAUGCUAAAAAUGAAAAUAAAAGUCUUUUGAAAAAUUUAGAAGACCAGCAUCAGUUUCUGAUCCGUGUUGUCUUGCUGGUUAGACGAAUUCAAAUGCCUGACACGCACCCGUAAAAUUCAAUUCAAUUUUAUUUAUAUAGCGCUUUUCACAAUGUGCAUUGUUCCGAAGCAGCUUUACAGGAGCAAAACAGAAAAACACAGAAAAGGUCAAACACAGCACAGACCAAAAUUGACCAUGGUUUUAUUAUAGUAAAAGUGUGGAAGCCAUGUUUUUGUUGCCGGAUUGAUUACCAUUGGUAUUACCAUAGUUUAUCUACAAAUAUUAUGGUUAAAUACAUUUUAUUUAUUAUUUCUAUUUUAGUAAAACCAUGGUUCAUUUAUGUAAGGGUUUAACAGUGACUUAUUUUUCAUUAUAUUAUUUUUCAUUACCAUUAUUAUUUUUUUUUCUUUUGUUCUAUUCUAUUAUUUAAUUUCACUUUAUUAUUUUAUUUUAGUAAAACCAUGGUUAAUUUAUGUAUAAGGGCCUUUAUGGGUUUAUCCUUCCAUCCUUCUUAAGUAUUUAGAUGUGGUACCACCAAAAUGCAAGAUUGAACCUAUGCAAGCAGUGGACAGCUCACUGGGUUUUGGAACGUCGUUCCCAUCCCCGUCCCCCCCCCCCCAUUUCUUUUUUUGUUUAGCUCACAGGUUGAGUCUUGUGUAAACAUUCCACCAACUAUAAAUGUAUUUUACAAUUCUCCAUCAGCCAUACAUUUGAACAAACCCCAAGCAUGUCACAUCAUAGGUCAUCGAAACACCUCAACGUCAGACACACACAUGGAUGAAAGUUUGAGGAAUUAUGGUUCUAAUUUAUAAUUAUAUUAAUAUAUGAUUAUAAGUAAUAUAUGUUAUACUUGUGUUAUUCAUACGUAACCAUUACACUUUUGCUGCUGCUACACUUUUGUAGCCACAAACACAUUAUUCAGUUAUAUAUUGUUAUGAAAUGUUUUAAGUAUUCAACAACAAACAUUGAACAGCAGAACUGUACGCCCGACGUGCUGAGCAGCCUGAAAUUGGGCUUUGUGACAUCCUAAAGCUUGAAGUACGAAGUUUACUGGCUUUGGGACACAGAGGCUUUUGACACUCAAUGAAACUUGUAGGCUACUCAUGGCUGUGAACUUGUGUCUUUGAAUGUCACAUUGUUUAACCUGUACCUAAAAAAAGAGAGUUUUGCAUUUUUGUGAAUAGUUGCUUACAUUUUAUAUUCAGUAUUAUUGUUGGUACACUGUUACUCAUUUUUUCCAUUUGUAAAUGUUAUGCUAAUUUAUUGCCGUGUGUCACUUGUCUUGUGUAUGUUUCACUGCAUGCGAACAUGCAAAUCUAGUCUAGUGAAAACAAUGCGGUGGAUGCUUCACAAUCCUGUUGCGGUCUCUGUCAAAAUGUGAGUUUGAAUGUGUCUUACUUGCGACUUUAUGUCAGAGUGCUAUUGUGUGAGUCAGUGCGUUUGUACGUACUGUAUGUUAUGGUAUACUGCACUGUUCUCGAUGGCCAGUGCUCACAAUAAUAAUACUCAAUAAUGUAAAUCUUGUCAAAGGGGAAAUAAAGAUGUUUCCAUAAUAACUUUAACAUUCUCGGUCCCUUGGCUUGUACCAUUGGUGAAUCCUACAAUAUGUAUCAGAUCAUGAAUAAAAUGACUUUA